AUGAAUUCGAUGGGAAUAAAUUCUGAAUUCGAUGACAAUCGUUUGACUUACAUGUAUAAAGAACUCGUAAAAAGUUAUAAGAUUAAACUAGAAACAUGGAUCAACAUGUUGAAAACUUCAGACACUCAUGUAUGUAUAUUGUCUCAGCACGUCAUCCACUUAGAAAUGCAUGGUUUAAAUUUAAAACAGUAAAUAUAAUACAACAUAAUGUAUUAACAGUGUAAUUGUACACCUUUAAUUGCUUUAAUUAGUUUUAAUCCUUAAUGUGAUGUAUAUUUUUGAAUAUAAAUUCAUAAGAAUUCAUAAUUCAUAAUUAACUAAGUAAAAUAUUUGUAUUCUAGUAGGUUUACGCUUAUUAAUUUAUUAAUUUGUUCAUUAGAUACAACAUAGGCAAAACAAUUACAUUGGACUUAAUAUGAUUAUAAACUCGUUUAGUUUGAAAAUUUGUAUUUUUAUUUUAUAUGAAUUUAAUAGACUAUGAUAAUGAAUUUUUUUAAUACGCCGGAUUGUGAUAAAAUUUUAUUUACAUUAAAUUCUACGGGAGUAUUAAUGCCAAUAAAUGAUUUUCCUGAAGACGUUCUAAAGAAUAAAAUAUCAUAUUUUAUAAAACUUGAACUUGUUGAAAUUACUGACAUCAAUUUUGAAUCCAUGCUUAUUUAUGGUGACGUAUCUUCAAAUCCAAUUGAAGAUUUAGAAGCAAUUACUGAAAAUGUAAGUGAUAUGGUUACUAAAUAUAUGUAUUCAAAAAUGAAUAGGUAAUUUUAAUAACUAUAUAUAUAUAUAUUUGAUUUUAAAUAUCAAGGUUUUAGUACAUUUAUUUUCGACGAGAGAUAAUUUCAAAUAUUACUCGGACGAUAUUGUGGUAGCAUUUCAGGAUAGACUUUACAAUCUUCUCAUAAUUAUAAAUAACAUAUCAUCAUCAGGACAGAUAAAAAACCGAUUGAAUUUGACAUUGCGUUACGGACGUGACAAGAUCGCUGCUGCUUUAAAAAACUUUGAAAAGAGGUAGCCAAUUAAAAUUAUUUAUAAUAAUUUAUUAACAAAAUAUUUGAUUGAAAUAGUUUUUUUAUUCUUAAACGUUUACCUAACCUAUACUUAUAUCCAAUUACAAAUUUAAUAUCUUAUUGUACUUUGAAUAAAAUAAUAACUAUUAAAAAAAAAAUUAUUAUUAGAUAUUUUAAAUAUUUAUAGAUUCUAAACUACGAUAAGUUAUUUGGUUUACCAAGAUGUUUUUUAUUCUGAGAAAAAAUUUAUCAGUGAAAAAAAAUACUCCGAAUUUUUCAUCCCACACCUCAAAAGAUUCGAAUUUUUUUAUAUACUUGAAAACAAUUUUGAAAUAUAAUCAAUACUUUUUCCAGGCAAUUUUUUUUGAUUAUAAUAUUAUUUUUUUUUUUUUAAACAUUUUGUUGAUGAGUAAAAUGUCAUGGACUAUAGUGUGAAGUCUGGCUUUUGAAAUUUAGUAGAUAUUAUAUAAUGUAUUAUUCACUAUAGAAAACAAUAUGAACAUUUUUUGAAAAAGAUCUUUAAUAUAAGAUACUCUUAUGUUUUUUGUUUAUGAGGAUUUUUAAUUAACUGGAAAAAAAUCUCUCUAGAAUACCACGAUUAUUGUAAUUAACUACAGAUAACAUCAUAUAUUGUAUUUAGUGAUGGACAAAUUUUAGAUGAAGUAUUAAAACAAAGAUUGGAAAAUCAAGUGUACACGUGGUUCAAUGAAAUUAAUGCAAUGGUUGCACUCAAGCCAUGUGUGAUUUUGGACAAAAAUCCCACCGCGUCACCCACUGAAUGUGCGAUGAGUUGACUUAAGUUUAAUAAUGUUUUAUAGAUUAUUACAUUUUGACUAAUAAAAUAAAAAUAACAAUAAAUUUCACAGAUCUAACUUUCUGGAAAAAUCGAGAAAAACAAUUUCAAGAAUUUUAUGAACAAAUCGACCAACAAGUCGGUGAUUAUUUACAUCUUACAAAAAGUCCAUGUAUGGAUGUUUACAGACAAACAGUAGAAAUUGCAAUAACUGGUAAAUCGAUAAAUAUUAUUUUACUAAAUAAUAAUUUUUGUUUUUACAAUCGAAAUAAUAAACUUGGUACCUAUACGUAAUAUUUUGUUAAAUUUAGUAAAAAACGAAACAAACCGUAUAAAUAUGUUUUUGGCGACAUUAACUAAACACAUCAAUACGAUUGAAAGAGUGGGUUUAACUGAAGCAAAGGUAGAACUAUGCGUGUUAUGGAGAAAGUUGGCUUUUAUAUGGAUAAACUGUUUGCAUUUUCAAAAUUAUGAUUACAUUAUUAUUUUGAUUAAAGCUAUUUGUAGUAUGAUUGUAGACCAGGUAAUAUACGAUAAAUCGGAGUUAAUUACAUAAUAUGUUUUAUUUUUGUGCAUUUGUAAAAUAUGGAUACUUUUUGCACAGUCUUCGAGGUAUUUAGAACCGACUACUCUGUUUCAAGGUGAACUAGUGGAAAAUCUACUUAGGAUCGAUGAAGUUUUAAACAUCCUAAGUUAUUCCAAGUAUGGUAUACUUUAUAACAAUUAGAUAUUAAUUAUUGCAAGAAUUGUUUUUUAAGUACCUUCUACCAAUUUAAACAAUAUUGUUUUUGGUAUUUUUUUAACAAUCAUCGAUGUUAACCGUUAUUAGACAGGUAUUAUAUAUAUAUACCUAAUAAAUACAUAAAUCAUCAUUUAUUUAUAACGUGAAAUUUUAGCAUGAAAUAUAAAUUAAAUAAAUUAACCGAAUUUUACGGAAGGUUUUAUAAAAAAGAAAUAUUUACAAGAAAUUAUGUAUUCUAUUUUACCAUACUAUAUUAAUUAAUCCUUAUUAUCAAUAUCGUAUACUUAGUUACUAAAUAAUUAAAAAUUAUUAUCUAAGAUAAUAAUAAUGAAUAGUUAAGUAGUUCACGUUAUGACGUAACUAAGUAUUGUGCAAAGUCUCUAAGACUGUAAUACCUACCUUAUGACCUUAUACUAUCAUAAUACUAUACUUACAUUUAGAUAAAAAUAGUAAUCAUGUUAAAAAUAAAUUGUACAGAAAUCAAUUUAAAGUGGUUCAGACGGAAUACCUAAAAGAACAAUUUGAAAAAUGUUUACUGAAAAAUCCUGAUUUGAGAGCAAACAAAGCACGUUUUUGGAACUUCCGAAUGAAUGAUUUGUUUGAAAGUGUUAAUACAUUUGAAGAUCGGCUAAACUCUAUUAAAGUAUGCUAGUAUGACUACUAUUUAUUACUUUAAAAAUACAAUAUUAUUUUUGGUUUAAUAUACAGUGUCCUACAAUGUUUUCAGGAUUUUAAUAUAUAUAAUUUUUGAAUAAUUUAUUAAUAAUAAUAAAUUUAAUUUUCUGUCAGAGGGGCAUAUAUUUAAAGAAAAAUUAAAUUGUUAUCAUCACACCUUAACUAUAGGUACUAGAAAAAUAAAAUAUCUUUUGUUUGUUUACUUUUCGAAAUUUUAAAAAUAGCUGAUUUGUUAUAGGUACUAUUCUAAAAUAUUGAAUCUAACAUGUAUCUACAGUGUUCCACGAAAACACGAUUGUUGCGAUAUCUUGGAAAGUAUUAUUGUUUCGAAAUUUUUUUUUUUUUGAAAAUUUUUAGAAAAUAAAAGUAGUUCUAAAAUGUUACUUUACUAUUAUUAUUUUUCACUCUUACUUAUGGAGGUAAACCGAUUAUCUAAUUUUAGAAAACUUUUUUUUUUGACAACCUAAAUUAUAAAUUCUAUAAAUAGACGAAGUAUUAGUUUUAAUACAUUUUUGUCUUUAAUUUUUAAAUUUCUGUAAAUCCUUUGUCAAGUUAUUUCACUUAAGUUUAACUAGAGGAAAAGUAGCGCUGCAUAAUUACUGUGACGGCAUUUGUGCGCAGCGCGGCGUUUGAAUAAAGGUCCUAACACAAAAUCUGAUUGAAAAAAAAAACAAUUUUAAUAUUAAUAGAAUUAUUAGUAUCCAAUGUUUGAGAAUUUAACUGGAGGUUCAAUCAAUACAAGUCGUACUUUGUAAUAGAAAAAAAAAUUGACGAAAAUCGUAAAUAUUACGGCCUUUCAAAACAAGUAUUACCGAACUUCGCUCAGACCCGUUUUUUGGUAUAAAAUAUUGAUUGUUAUGUAUAGAUAUACAUUAAACUCCCCUCUAUAUUCUACCUUCCCAACUUUUCAACUAUAAGAGUAGCCCGCCCACCGCGAAUUAUGUCCAUUAUUUUUCUAUUUCAUUUUCUGUAAUGCAAUUUGAAUAAAACAAUUUAUGAAGUCGAGAUAGGUGCUUGAUGCACCUAUCUACAUAUAAUUAUACUUUAUUUUAAUGUUAAUUCGGAUUGUAUUUAUAUCAUAAACUAUAUUUGUUUUUAAAAUACCUUUUUAGUCAAUGAUUAUUAACUUUAUUGAUUAUCAAAAAAUUGAAAAAAUUGAAGUCAGUGGACUCGUUGGCCGUUGGUAUAGUCCAAUAAUCGAACGUGUGUAUCUUCAGUUUACAAAGUACAUGGAAAAAAUGAGUUCUAUUUCAUAUGAUCCAUUGGAUUUGUUAAACGAGUCGUAUAAUAAAUCAUUUUUGGAAGAUUAUAACUUUUAUUUGAAUAUGUCUAAUGACAUUGAUCAGAGUUUAGCUACCGUUUCCAAAGCGUAUUUCGAAAACAGCGACGAUUUAAUGACAUUACAUAAGGUAAAAUUAUAUUAAUUUGAUUUUCAUAUCCAUUUGCUACUAAUCUAAAAUCUUAUAUCAAAUUGUAUGCAAAAUCUUUUUUGUCAUGUUAUAAGCUUGUGAAAAAUGUCAUUUAUUUUGGUUUUUUAUUUUUAAAAAUGGUCUAGACCAGUGUUUUAGAACCUUUUUACUGUCGUGAUACCCUAAAAUUAAAUUUUUAGCGACCCCUAAGUAUAUAUUUUAUACACGGUGACCCAAUAUUUUAUAUUUUUGGUUACCCUCAAUAAUGAGAUAGAAAACCCCCAAGAGAGUCGCGCUCCCAGUGAGAUAAAACUGGUCUAGAGUCAAGAUCAUUGAUCUAUCAUAAAUAAUAGACAGAUUUAAAAAAAAAAAUUGUAACUGAAAAAAAAAAUUAAUUUUUGUCGAUAAUAAUUGAAUUGAGUUUAAACAAUUAACAUGAUGAAUGCAAUAUUAAUGUACCUAUUACAUUUUAUAAUAGAUACAUAAAUUAGAUCCUUCUUUAAUUGAAACUUGUGCAUAUAUUACUGAUUAAUUAUGAUGAAUAUUCUUUUCAAAUAUAUAGUUCAUAAUGGUUUUUGGUGUGGUCCUGUUGAACCGACCAAUCAUAGCCACAGUCAUAAAAGAACAUUAUGAAAAGUUAUUGAACCUACUGAAUCUAGAAUUAAUCAGAGCAAAUGUAAGAAGUCAAAUACAAUUUAAAUUUUUAAUUAUUAUGUUAGUAAUUGAACAUUGGUGCAUUUGUAGAAAAUCUUUGACUGCUUAAACAAAAUGACUGCGGCUUUAGACAUAAAAAAGUGUAACUAUCAUGAAUUACGUUUUAUGAUUGAGAAAAUGGACUUGGAGUAUCCGCCGGUGGCUACAACAAUUAUGUGGGGUUAUUCGCAAAAAAAUCACUUAAUGGAAAAUCUAGUCGCUCUUCAAACUUUAGACUUGCCGUAAGUAUCACAAACAUAUUCAAAUGGUACAUAAUUCAAUUUUCUUCGUUCGAGUUAUUUAGAUACUCAUCUAUGUCUUUAUGCAUAGCAAUAAAUAAAGGUUAUAGUAUACAUUGAAAUAAAAAUAAUAAAUUAAAUUAAGUACCUAUAUUUUAUAUUAAACAUUAUUUGGUUGUAUAGAAUUAUGCAAACUCCAAAAAGUAUUCAAAUUGAACUAAAGGUUAAUGAGUUAAUGGAUAAAUUUACAAAUUAUUUGCAUCCUUUGUUUGAAGAUUGGAAAUGUGUGGUAUCAAAUCAAAUACAAGAUAAAAUUGUGUAUCCACUUUUUAUUAUGAACAGCAAUAAAACAAUAAGCUUGAAUUUUCCUAAAGAGGUUAUUAAAUUUUGUUUUAAAUUAUUUAUUGAUGUUCAAUAAACUUUAAUAUUUAAUUUAUUUUCAGCUCCAUGCUGCAAUCAAAGAAAUUAGAUACAUACUACUUAUUAAAUACAAUUACAAAAACUCGUUAAUUGAAAUAGAAGAUAUACCAUACAAUGUAAUUGAGUUAUACAAACGAGAGAGUAGUAUUUUAAAUUAUAAAAGAGAUAUUGAAGAAAUAGUCAAGUGGUCAGUUUGAUUGUUUUAAAAUGUAUUAUAUAAUCAAUGAUUUAAUGAAAACAUAUUUUUAAUAAUAAUUAUUUAACAAUAAAAAAAAUGUCUUUUUAAUAUUUACAUAUAUACACAGUAAUAAUGAACAACUAUUAUGAGAUCCAUAAAUAAAUUAUUACAAAAUAUAAAUACUUGUAGUUUUAUAUAUUUUUGAUAUUAUUAUUACUAUCUAUUUUUCAUGUUUAGGUAUAAUACACUGAGAACAAAAACUCAUCAUACAGAAUUCCAAUUAAUUAUUGAAGAAGUUAAGAAUAUUGAUAAACUUAUAAAUGAUGCUCAAGAGUCUGUUACGUGGAAAUCUGAAGGUAAAAAAAAAAAAAUUAUCUCUAUGAUAUUAAUAAUGUAUGAAUAUUAUAUUUUUAAAUAGAUUUAGUUUAUUCAAAUGAAAAUACUUUAUGCGAAGAAGUAGAUGAUGAUUUGUCUGCUUUAACUUUAAUACAAAAAACUAUUAGAACUAUUUAUAGUCUGACUGAAAAUGUUUACAAGCGUUUAAAGCAAACACAAGAUAAUUUCCAAGAAAUAAUUAUACUAAGUAGUCAAUGGAGUGAUAUACCAAUGUACUUACGCGAAAAGAAUACAAAUUGUAUAACAUUUGAUAAUCAUUUGACUGAAAUAAAAACGAUGAGAUACAGAGAAAUAGAAAUAACAAGUAUUAAGAUACAGCAAUUACUCAAAAAUAAUCUUUUACUAUUUCAUAAUGUGUCUGUAUUGGAUCCGAAUUGGGGUAAGUUAACUAAAUUGUUUUUCUUUUCAAACUAUUUUGUGGAAUAAAGUAUUUUUAUGUAAUAAUGUUCUUAACUUAAAACUGCAGAAGAAAAUGUUUCAAUGAAUAAUAAAUUGUUUGUUUAAGUAGAAAAUAGAGAAAGAGAAGAAAUUGAGAAAAAAACAAUGUCAUUAAGUUUAGAAGAAGUGGAAGGAGUAAACUUAAGAGAAUCAUUAAAUGAAACAGAGAUUGUAGGCUUGGAAGACAAGAAAAAUCAACAACACAGCCAAGAAAAAAUUGAAUUAACUGGAGAAGAAAAAGUAACAAUUGAAUAUAUAGAUGCUCAGGUAGAAAGUAUUUUAUCAGACAAUAAUAACAAAACAAUGUGGGAUGAAUAUAAACAUUAUAUUGAUGAAAUAGUUUUUAUUGAGUUACAAGAAGCCACUCUUUGCAGGUAUAUAAUUAUAUUAGAUUAGAAUAUUAUAUAUUCUAAAAUAUUAAAUCUUUGAGUGCCUCUAAAACUUCAAAACAAUUAUUUUCAUUUUAAGUCCAGUGCAUUUGUAAAAGUAUUUUAUUUUUAAAUAAAAUAUGAUAAUUUCUAUAAACGUGUUAUUAUAUUUUACUCACUAGAAUGUAUAUAAUUUUAUGUAUGUAAGUCAAAAAAUUGUUUUUAAACAAAUUUAUUUUAUUAUUUUUUUUUAUUCUAGUCUUAAGUAUAUAUUUCAAGAUGAAGAAAAUUUGAAAGAAACAACGCCAAUAUUUGUGGCUGUUUAUCUUCUUAAGAACAAUGGUCCGCGAUUUUCCCCCGACUUGGAAAUCGAUAAUAAACCAAAUUUGUUAGGAUUAAUCAAUUCAUUACUCAAUGAUAUAAUUGAAAUGGGAUCAAGUAUGGAAAGAAUUGCUGAUGGCUGUCCACCAUAUAAUGUAAUGUUUUAUUUAUAAUAUUUGUAAAUCAAAUUAGUUUAUAAGGUAUAAUUUCUUAAAAUAUAUUGUAUUGUUAACACCUUUUGAUGUAGGUCUAUAUUAGAAAUAACCACUUAGUAAAGAAGUAUAAAGAUGAUAUACUUCACAAAGUAAAAACAACAUCUGAAAAAGUAAUAAUACAUUAAAAAUUAUAAUUUAUAAUACUUGUAGUGGUGGUUUUACAAAAAAAGUGUACCUUCCUUCACAAGAUCCAAGAUCAGAUUGAAUGUUUUAACUUAAUUAACUUCGUUCUAUAAACUUGUUUGUUAUGUAUUACUUAUGUUUUAUACAGUGUGUCCCACCAUAUUUGAUGAAUUUUUUUUAGCACUGUUAGUAUUAAAUUUUUUACGAUUUUGUUUUACAAUCAUUUUGUCUUCAAUGGGGGGGGACAUCGAUUUGAAGAAAAAUUAAAUUUUUAUUUUCAUUACCUAAACUCAAAAUAAAACUUUAUUUACUUGAGAAAAUGUUCAAAAUAGUCAUUUUAUAAAAAAAUAUUAUUCAAUAAAUUGUUAUGUAUUAUACAUUCAUAUUUGAUUAAUAUUUUCUUAAUUGUAAUCAUUUUAAUUUCUAAAAAAUAGGCAUGAAAACAAAUUAAUAUUCAAUAGACGGUAAAGAAUUACUGUGCUGAUUAUAAUUCCUCAUCGCAUAACGAGUUAUUUUAUUGAAAAUUAAUUGUUUUAAUGCCUAAUUAAAACAGCUAUAACUAAGAAAUUAUUCAAUAUAUGAUACAUUACAAUAGUUUAAAUAAUAUUUUUACAAAAUGGCUAUUUUGAAAAUUUUCUAAAGUCAAUAAAUAAAAAAUUAUUUGUUUUUUGUCUUUAGAGCAUGAAAAUAAAUAAUUAAUUCUUAAAAAAAAAAAAAUCGAAAAAAAUUUAAUAUUAACAGCGCUAGAAAAAUCCAUCGAACAUGGUGGGACACACUGUAUAUAAUAUAUAUUUAAUCUGAUGAUUAUUCAGAAACAAUCAAUAUGUAUAUUUUCUAUAAUUGUUGAACAAAGAAGCCAAGUUAAAGGUUUAAAUUUCAUUCAGAAAAGAAAAUCAAAACCACCACUAAUUAUCUGAACAGAUAAAUUUGACUUAUUUGAUUAAUAACUUUUUCAAUUGUAUUUUAGGCUCUUGAUUACAUUUCUCAGUACCAAGAAUAUUCCUUGAUAUGGCUAACUGAUCAAAAUGAUGCCUUAUCAUUUUUUUUAACGUAUGGUAGAGAUUUGUGUCCAGAUGAAUUGGAGAGUCUUCAAUCAGAAGUGGAUGAAGAAGGAUGUCCAUUAUUAACUCCUUCUCCACCAAAACUCAGUGCUUUUAAAAAUAAAGUAUAUCCAUAAGAUAAACAGUACCUAUUUCAAACCUAAUUUAUAUGAAUUUUAUGUCGAAUACUAUAUUUAGAUAGACUCGUUGGAUAAUCUUUAUCAAAAUGUAGAACAAAUACAAGAAUCUGUCACAUUUGAUUAUUGGUUAACAAUUGAUAUUAAACCUUUUAAAAAAGAUCUUCUAAAAUUAAUUACUAGUUGGUCAGAUUUGUUUAAAAAGUAUUUGGUCAAUAAAGUGGUGAAUAGGUACCUAUUUAUAUCUACAAAUCUACAAUAUUUCACGUGACUUUGAUUUGUUUAUAUUAAUGAAUUUUAUUAUUUAGUCUCCGUUCAUUGCGUGAUUUUACCGUGGAAACAGACAACGGUCUUUUAAAACCAUUGGAAGAAGGAGAUUAUGUAGGCCUUGUAAGUAUUAUGGGACAUUUGUUUAAAGUUCGCGAACGACAAGAAGAAUACGACUCGAUGUUUGAGCCAUUAGCCGAAACGCUAUAUUUGCUAAAAAUGUAUGACGUAGAAAUGCCAGAAGAUGUAUACAUCUUAAUGCAAGUAUGAGUAUUAUUAUAUUAACAUUUCUAUUAUUAUUUUAAUUAAUAAUAAGAAGUAGGUAUCUAAGAAAAGUAAGUAUUUUUUAUUACUUUAAUAUUUACUUAUUUUAUAUUUUAAGGAAUUGCCAGAGAAAUGGAGUACCACGAAGAAAAAUGCUUUAAACGUCAAAUCACAAGUAAUUCCAUUAAUUCAAACAGAAGGAUCAAUAAUAAGUGGACGAAUCAUUUUGUUAGGGGUACAGGAAACGUUGUUCAAAAAUAAUUUCAUAAGACAAACCCAAUUUGAGUAAGUGUCAAAAACUAUUUUGUUAUUAAUGUACCAACAAAUUAUAAUGAAUUGUUUUAACUAGUGGGAACUGUGAAAACCCUUACAUAGAAAUAGAUAAGGCAAAUUAUUCGUUAUUAGAACUAGAAGAAUUACAUAAUAAACUACUUUCUCAAGCAAUAUUAUUCGAAAUACCACAACCAGAGCCAAAUGUUUUGGAAUCAACAAAGAUAUCUUUGCGACUAAAUAAACAUUUAUGGGAUUUCGUACAUAUAGUAAAAAGUUGGAUAGAUGUUUGGCAUUUAACAUUAUGGAAAGACAUUGACUCUGAAUUUAUGGAUACAGAACUAAAACGAUUUUCAAAAGAUUUGAAAGGUAUACUUUAAAAUUAAAACAAAUUGUUUAAAUAUAUAACGUAAAUUAUACAAAUUAUAUUCACGUUCAAUUUAUUAAUAUUCAAAUUAAUUUUUAAAUUUCAAUUAAGUGCAUAUUUUGUAAAAUAUUUCAGAAUUCUUCAAAAGCAUUAUAAUAAUAUAAAAAUUAUAUUGUUGUUUAAAACACGUCUUAAUCAUCUACAUUUAAUUCAAAUAAAUAUAAUAAUUAUUAAUUAUUGUACAUUUUCUUAAAUCGAGUAUGAUAAAAAAAAAAACUAAAAAUAAUUUUAUUUUUCAACUAUCGUGUUGCUUUUGAGGACUGAAAAUGUUUUUAUGAAAUAUUUAAAAGUGUAUAAUAAUAAAUUUUAAGUAAUGGACAAAGAAACACGGGAUUGGUCAGUUUAUAUCUAUAUUGAAAAUUUGAUAAAAAACAUGAUGACUUCGUUAAAAGCAUUAAUUGAACUUCAAAAUCCAGCAAUGAAAGAACGUCACUGGGUAGAACUGAUGGAAGUUACGAAUGUAAUAUUAUUUAACUUAGAAAUGUAUAUAAUAAAUAUAAAAUUACUAUUAAAUUCAAAUAGGUUAAAUUUUCUAUUGAGCAAUCGACAACACUAAAUGAUUUAUUAUCUCUUAAUUUACAUAAGUAUGAAGAUGACGUAAAAACUAUUGUGGAUAAGUCCGUAAAAGAAAUGAGUAUGGAAAAGUCCUUGAAAGAAUUUACUGAAAUUUGGAGUACAAUGCAGUUUGAGUAUGUAUCCCAUCCCAGGACGAAAGUUAAUUUACUUAGGGUCAGGGAAGAAUUAAUAGAAGUCUUGGAGGACAAUCAAGUACAGUUACAAAAUAUGUUAACCUCGAAAUUUGUUGGCCAUUUUUUUAAUGAAGUAUCGGAUUGGCAAAAAAAAUUAAAUACUGCCGAUCGUGUUAUUAAUUUAUGGGUAGAAGUGCAAAGGACAUGGGUUUAUUUAGAAGCAAUAUUUAUUGGCUCUGAUGACAUAAGAACACAAUUACCAGAAGAUACGAGAAGAUUCGAAGUACUCGAUCAGGAAUUUAAGGUAGCGAGAAAUCGAAUAGUUUAAUCAGUAUUGUUCGAGUAUUUCACUAAAUCAUUUUUUUUUAUUAUAUGAGUGUAGGAAUUGUUAAUUGGUAUAAAAAGUAAUCAAAACGUUGUAAAAGGUACUAGUAAACCAGGAUUAUAUAAUAAACUUAUGAGUAUACAAAAGGAACUGUUAAAAUGUGAAAAAGUUUUAGCACAAUAUUUAGAAACGAAACGAUUAAUAUAUCCUAGGUUCUAUUUUAUAUCAUCGGCAGAUCUAUUAGAUAUACUAUCAAAUGGAAAUAAUCCGGAGGCCGUUUGCAAGUAAAUUAAACAAAUGUAUUUAUUAUAUUUAUUAUAAUACUGUUAAUUAAAAUAUAAUAUUAGACAUUUGAUCAAGCUAUACGACUCAAUCGCUCAAUUACAGUUUUCCAAAGAUAAAUUGGCAGUUGGUAUGUAUGCCAAAGAUGGCGAAUACGUGGAGUUCUAUCGAAAUUGUGAAUGCACUGGUCAGGUAAAUAAUAAUAGUUUAUUAAAUUGUUGAUUUCUUCUGUUUAUUUCUUGGUUUUAUGGUUUACAACUUUGUAAAAUCUUGAGGUUGAAAAAUGGCUAAAUAAAUUGACUGACUCAAUGCGUAUCUCGGGUCGUAAUUAUUUCGAUAAAGCAGUGAAAGCUUAUGACGAGAAACCGAGAAGAUUGUGGAUAUUUGAUUAUCCAGCACAGGCAGCACUAUGUGGUAUUCAAAUAUGGUGGACCAGUGAAACCAACGAUGCCUUUGCUCAACUGGAACUAGGUCAUGAAAACGCGUUAAAAGAAUAUAAUAAGAAACAAGUAAUAUUUAUUACCUACCAUCUAUAUAUAUCUGAAAAUAUUUUUAUCAAAUGUGAAUAUAAUACAAGAAUAAACAUUUAAACUUAAUAUAUUUUCAGAUAAUGCAGUUAAACGAACUUAUAGAUCUACUGUUAGGAGAUUUGACUAAAGGAGAACGACAAAAAGUAAAUACAAUCUGCACGAUCGAUGUGCAUUGCCGGGAUGUGGUUGCUAAAAUGAUUCAACAGAAAAUUGAAACGGUUUCUUCAUUUCAGUGGCAAUCGCAACUAAGACACAGGUAAAAUAUAAAUAUAAACAUAAAAAGAAACGGAUAUACUUCACACGAUGGGUGACUGUUAUAGAUAAGAAGUCUGGAAGGUAGGAUAAAGAGAGUGAUUUAAUGUAUAUAUUUUAUGUAUGCAACGAUUAAUCUUUGCUAACGAAAAACGAUUCUGAACGGAGUUCAGUUAUACAUAUUUUAUAAGCACAUAAUAUUUACGAUUUAAAAAUAAUACAUUUUAUACAUUUUCCAGUUUUUCCUACGUUUUUUCCCGGUUUUUCCCAUUUAUUAUGAAAACAGCUAAGGAAAUUUAAGAAUGACCUUCUUUAAGUACCAUUCCAAUUAGAUUUCCUUUGUGCUAUACUUUAAAAUCGGAGUAAAAUUGCUGAUAGAAAAGCUGUCCACAGAAAAAUAAAUAUCAUUGUAAAACUAAUAUAUUCCUCAAUCCGCUCAGAAUCUAAAAUGUUAUAUACAAUAAUAAUAACUAAAUAAUUUAAUAAAAACAUAAUUUUUAACAGAUGGGAUUUAAAAGAAGCAGAUUGUUUUGCCAACAUUUGUGAUGCUCAGUUUCGAUAUUCAUACGAAUAUCUAGGGAAUACUCCUAGACUAGUGGUGACGCCACUUACUGACAGAUGCUACAUUACGUUAACACAGGUAAGUUUUGUUACUUCUUAAAACUUAAAAGAGCAUAAUAUUAUUUUUUUAGUAUCUCUUUAGUGUCGAUAGAUUUUAAUUUUAAUUUUUAACGUGUGUCCAAAACGCAAUAGUCAUUACAUCUAAUAAUGGGUGGUGCUCCUGCGGGACCAGCUGGUACUGGCAAGACCGAGACGACCAAAGAUUUGGGUAAAUCUAUAGGAAUGAUGGUUUACGUUUUCAAUUGUUCUGAACAAAUGGAUUAUAGGGUAGGUAUGCUCAACAUAUUAUUUAUAAGUACAUACUUAUAAUAAUAUUUGUAUUUGUAUUAUACUUUUUGACAUAUAUUUAUAUAUUUAAACUUUCUAAAAAUUAUGUGCUUUCAGUCAUGUGGGAAUAUAUACAAAGGUCUCGCACAAACCGGCGCUUGGGGGUGUUUUGACGAAUUCAAUAGAAUAUCCGUAGAAGUGUUAUCUGUAGUGGCUACUCAAGUGAAAUCUGUUUUGGAUUCUAUUAAAGCGAAAAAAAAUUCAUGUUUUAUACUUGGAGACAAGAUUAAUCUUAUACCGACGGUCGGUAUGUUCAUUACAAUGAACCCUGGAUAUGCGGGACGAGCAGAACUUCCCGAAAAUCUCAAGGCAUUAUUUAGGUAAAUUAAGAAUAAAAGAAAUCGUUAUAUUCGAAAAAUUGGUGUCUUGAAAGUGUGUAUUUUAUUUUAUUUUUCACAGGCCAUGUGCGAUGGUGGUACCAGAUUUUGAACUUAUUUGUGAAAUUAAUUUAAUUGCGGAAGGAUUCCAAAACGCAAGGUUACUUGCUCGAAAAUUUUUGACACUAUACUCACUUUGUAAAGAACUGCUAUCUAAACAAGAUCAUUACGAUUGGGGUCUAAGAGCUAUUAAGUCGCUAUUGGUUGUUGCUGGAUCGUUAAAGGUACAAAGUUAUACUGUGGCUAUAUAAUAAUAUGUGUUAUAUUUAAAUUUUGAUGAUUACGUUGCUGGGGUGUUUUAUACAAUUUAUUUUUAAAUUUUAAAUUAUAAUAAUAAUAACUACGGCAGACAUCUAGACUAAACGACCAUGCUUGUAACUUAAAAAAAAAAUUGUUAACAACAAAUUGAAACUAUCUCUUCAAUAGUAUUAACAAAUAGUACAGUCGGUUUUAAUUUUUAACAUUAUGUAUAGAAUAUAAAUAUUUGUUUUAUGGCGCAAGGCCGAUAUAGAUAAAGAAUGUAAUAUUUAAAGUUUUAAAUAAAUUCAAUAUACCAUAAUACUAGUUACUAUUAUGACUUUAUAAAACUUUAUAAAGUGAACCAACAAACAAAAAAGGAGCUGAUUCUGGAGACAGGUGCGGCCAUUGUUGUCUGUUGUAGGUACAUAGGUACAUAGUUGGUAAGAUGGGAUCUAUAAAGUUAUUUAAUUUAUACCUGCAACAAUGGUUUAUCCAUUGCUAACGAAAAACGAUUUAAAGCGAAGUUGGGUUAUAUAUAUUUUGAAAGGCGUUUUAAUAAUUACGAUUUUCAUUAAAAUUUGACUUUAAAAGUUUUCUAAAAAAAAAAAUUACUACAUUAUACUCAAUUUAAUUUUACCACUAAGUAUGACUUAUAAUGAACCUCCUUUAAAGUUUUCAAGCAUUUCUAUUUAGUCUAAUAGUUUUAUCCAAAUAGUAUCCAACAAAUAAAACUUACAUAAAAACUCUCAAAUUAAAAUGUUUAUAAAGAGCUCAAAAAUGGCUUAAAUGUUUUGAAAAUUUUACCACACUUAGAAAAAGCAAACAUAAGUCUUAUUCUAUCAACAUUUUCAUGUUUUUACGAAUAAUUCUAACUAAAUUACAUUAAAAAAACAAAAUUUAAAAUAAUAAAAGAAUUAUUUUCGUAGACUUUCUAUGUUUAGACAUAUUUUUCGGUUUUGCUAAUUAUUUGAAAAACUAUAAAGAAAAUCAAAAACCGACUUUCUUGGUCACCAACUAGAUUAAAAAUUAAACAAAAAUAAUCUUAUGUUGUUAUUCUAUUGGAAUAAUAUUUCUUUUAAUAAUACAAAUUUAAAAUAAUGAAAUUUGUCUGUUUUCAUUUUUACGUCAUUAUCAUGUUUAUUUCCGGUUUUUACUAAUUAUUAAUAAAAUUACAGAAAAAAAUCAAAAAACGACUUUCUUACUCACAAACUAGAUUGAAAAUACAACAAAAAAGGAAAUAUAAGCCAUACAAAUUUCAAAUAAAGAAAUCGUUGCGUCGUAAUUUGAAAAAAAAAAAUCGUAUUUUUCGUCUUUUUUGAUUUUUAAAAUUGUUAUGACAAUACUUAAGACAUAAAAAUAACUACUUUUUUUGUUAAUAGUUAUAUGUUAAAAGGAAAAAUAUCGAUUUCUGGUCAUUUUUCGAUUGGAGCAAUAUUUCUGAUAAAAAGUUUUUAACAGUCACAAAAAAAUUAAAUACAUAAAUUAAUAAAAAAAUAAGUACAUGUGUAUUUAUACACAUCAUAUAAAAUUUAAAACCAAUAUAUUCCUUACUUCGUUCAAAAUCUAAAAAUAUUUAAAAACAAAUUUCAAGGAGUUUGAAAUUUCAUACUCGUAACCCUUAAUAUAAUCAAAAUAAAUAUUAAAAAUUAUUUUUCAUACAUAUGUAUUUUACAUUUUUAUUUUAUCUUAGUCUAAUUUUAAUUUUAGCGUUCAGAUAGAAAUCGUCCAGAAGAUCAAGUUUUGAUGAGAGCUCUUAGAGAUUUUAACACUCCAAAAAUCGUAACAGAAGAUACUGCGAUAUUUAUGGGACUUGUCAGUGAUUUAUUUCCUUCACUUGAUGUACCUCGUAAACGAGAUUCGGAAUUCGAAAAGCAAAUUCGCCAAGCUGCGAUAGACUUGAAACUCCAGCCCGAGGAUAACUUUAUUCUCAAGGUCUGCAGAUUAUUAUUUAAUCUCCGGAUGUAUCAUCUAACAAGUUGAAUUGUUUUUUGUCAACGCAGGUAGUGCAACUAGUUGAGUUGUUAGAAGUUCGACAUUCGGUUUUCAUAAUCGGCUCGGCUGGAACAGGUAAGUCCGAAGUAUGGAAAACGCUGUAUCGGACGUAUUCGAAUCUAAAAUUGAAACCAUAUUAUAACGAUAUUGAACCGAAAGCGGUUACCAACGACGAAUUGUUCGGCGUAAUCAGUCCAGCUACUAGAGAAUGGGUAGAUGGUAAGUAUUCAAGUUAUUGUAUUUAAUUCAUAUUGUAAUAAAUUUCAUUUAAAGAUUUUUAUGACAGGAUUAUUUUCGUGUUUGAUACGGGAUCAAGCUCAAAUGCCCGGCGACGGUUCCAAAUGGAUGGUGAUGGACGGUGACAUAGAUCCGAUGUGGAUCGAGUCCUUGAAUACGGUAAUGGACGACAACAAAGUACGUAUACCACAGCAUAUAUUUUAUUUAAUUCGAUUGAAUUUAAUUCUGGUAAAUUCGUACCAUGUAAUGAACUAGGUAUUGACGUUGGCGAGUAAUGAACGUAUCGCCUUGACACCGACAAUGCGUCUGCUAUUCGAGGUAUCCAAUUUACGUUCAGCCACGCCUGCCACUGUUUCCCGUGCUGGAAUUCUUUAUAUAAACCCAACGGACCUCGGAUGGAACCCGUAUGUUGCAAGUUGGAUUGACUCUAGGGUGAACGUAACCGAAAAAGCAGCACUCGUGGUACUAUUUGAAAAGUACGUGCCUAACUGUAUGGAGGCAUUGAAAACAAAGUUCAAAAUUAUCACGCCCAUACCAGAAAUAACGCAUAUCCAUAUGUUGUGCACAUUACUCGAGUGUCUUCUGGUUCCGACAAACUGUCCACUGGACACUACCAGAGACGUGUACGAGACGUAUUUUGUAUUCGCGUGUAUUUGGGCUUUUGGUUCAGCAACAUUUCAAGAUCAGGUGUGGUUGUAAUUAUAAUAAUUAUUAUUCAUAUUAUAUCUGUAUUUUUUGCAUAGGUGAUUGACUGGAGAAUUGAAUUUUCCAAAUGGUGGUUGUCUGAAUUUAGAACGAUUAAAAUACCGUCGUCUGAAAUUGUGUUCAAUUAUUUCAUUGAUCCGGAAUCUAAAAAGUUUCGUCCGUGGUCAGAUUUAAUAUUGCCGUUUGAGCUUAAUCCGACCAAUCCUCUACAAGUAAUGUAUAAACAUAGGUAUUAUUAUUUAUUUACAUUUCAUCUGCAAGAAACAUAACUUAACACGUAUUAAAACACGUCAUUGUAACAAUGGUUGAAUAUUAACAAGUUUUAAUUUUAUCUAUUAUUUUGUUAUUAUAGCAAACACUCGUUAACACAAUAGAAACAACUCGAGUAAGAUAUUUUUUCGAUUUACUGGUUGAUAAACAAAAAGCUAUUAUGUUUGUUGGAGCCGCCGGUACUGGAAAAUCAGUCAUAAUUAACGAAAAAUUAAAAUCUCUUUCUAAUGAUUCGUAUGCCGUUACAAGUGUUCCGCUUAAUUUUUACACAACUUCAGGUACCUACCUAAAUUAAUACCAACUCGCAUAUUUUAUAACUUCGUACAAUAUACAAUAUAUUAAUAAAUAUUAACAUAAUAUGUAUACUUAAUUUUAUCAUGGUUGUUAUUCAAAAUAAAUAUAAAAAGAUACUCAAAUUCACUCAAUUUUAUUUUUUGACUACAAAGAACGACUUAUAAUGAACUACUUCCAGUUAAAUUUUUAAAUAUUUUUAUUUGAUUUAACAGUUUUAUCCACAGAAUCUUCUUUGUAUUAACAGCCCAAAGGAUGGUUGGCAAAUUGUCCAUUCCUCGCGUUUCUCAGCUUUCACUUUUUUUUCAUGAUACGAUACAGUCCAUGUUUCUUUCUAUUUGACUAAUGUAGUCUAGUGGCGGUGGCCCUCUGCUGCUAUCCCUUCUAUGGCACCUUCUAUUAUUCUGCUAUGUAGACUAUUAUAGCACAGUAUGUGUCCUAUUACUUGACUCUUUUUGUUUUUAAGGACUUGAUGAAGCUCCUUGUUUCUUCUAUUUUUCUAUAAACUUCUUUAUUCUAUUUCAUUUUUGAAAUGCCCAAAAUAUCUAUUUUAAGUCUUUUCAUCUCGACAUUAAAUUUUCUAGUUUCCUGUCUGCAGAAUCAUUCUAUCAUUCCAUAUACCUACCAACUCUCUUGGUAUUACCUAAUACCUUUUAAUUUCAAUUUUAAAAAUUUUACUUCUUGAGUAUUUUCCACCCGUGGAGAUUCGAUUGGGGGACUAUUUUACCUUCAGAAGUUUUUACUUUAAAUUGCGCAUCGGAAAAAGGAAAAAAAAUUAACAUUGUUUUAAAACCAAUACAUUCCUCGUUUUGCCCAAAAUAUAAAAUAUUAUAAAUUCAUUUAAUUAAUAGUUAUAGAAAACAGGCAAUAGAAAUAGUUGAAUUAUUGCAUAAAAUCAGAAUACUAGUGUUAUUAUUUAAUGUUACCAGAAAUGUUACAAAAAAUUUUGGAAAACCCAUUGGAGAAAAAAUCUGGAAAAAACUAUGGUCCACCAGGUGGAAAAAUGUUAAUAUAUUUUAUUGAUGAUAUAAAUAUGCCCGAAGUAAGUUAACAUGUUUAUACUAAAUACUAUACAUGUACAAUAUAUACUAGUUGUCCUACUUUGUCCGAGCAAUUAAAAAGAUUUUUUUAUUAUUAAAAAAAUAAAUUAAAUAAAAAUUCAUGUCCGUUUAAUGAAUAUUUGUUUGUUUUUAUUUCAUCCGAAACUUUUUUAACAAUACGAACCACUUAAAGAACUUUCGACAGGUCUCGGGCUACCUCGCUUUGCUGACGAUAUUUAUUAUUAUUAUUAUUAUUAUUUAUUUACCUUAUAAACAAAAUGUUCACAAAUUUUCGUUUUGUAACUUAAUAACAUCUUCCUAGAUAUCAUCAGGUAACUCAUUGACUUAAACACUAAUAUGAUUUUGAAUUAUACUUCGGAUACAUAUCAUUUAUGUUUAAUGUUAUGGAAAAUCGAUUAGAUUUGUCUUUAAGUUUUUGCUUGCAGAUAAUGUUAGACGUUGUACUGCAGUACAACGUAUUAAAGGUAUAGAGGUAUAGAGGUGCACCUCUAUAGUGAAGUCAGACGUUUCCGACUACCCUUAUCGCUUUACAUAAAUUAUUUUGUAGUUAUGACUCCGGGUUAAGAAUCUACUCGUAUGAUAUAGUUGUAGUAGUUAAAUGGUCCCUAUACAGUUAACCCUCGUAGUGCAUUGACCAGAUCAAAUUAAAUGCCUAAAAAUCCUCUAUGCACGCCCGACUAUCCAUUCUAAUACUUUCCUUUCCUUCUCCUUAACUCUAAUUAUCUUCUGUUUUUCAAUAAUAUACCAUUUACUUAAAAAAUUGAAGAGUUUUAGCGUAUUUACCAAUACUUAAAAAUUAAAACCUAGGUUAUUUUUCAACUUACAGAAUUUAAAUUAGACUUAAUACUUUCAUGGCAAUGUAAUCCAUUAUUUAAAAAAAAAUCGCAUUAUUAUUGGAUGAUUAGUCCCAGAUAUCAUUGAAGUCCAAGAUUUUCAUUUUCACAUUUAUAUAUAUAUAUAUAUAUAAUAUUGAUAUAUAGAAAAUAUUUUAUAAUAUAUUAAUAUAUUAUUAUGUAUAAUUGUUUAAUUAUAUAAUUAUUGUUUGAUUAUUCAUUCACAAAUCUAAAUUAUAAUAAUUUUUUAUAUAUAUAUAUAUAUAUAAAUCUUAUUAUUGUAUACUUGUAAGUGUUAUUUUCAUAUUCACUAUUUUAUUUUAUUUUAUAGGUUGAUCCUUAUGGUACUGUUGCACCUCACACUUUGAUUAGACAAUAUAUGGAUUACAGACAUUGGUACGAUCGUACUAAAUUGUCCUUGAAAGAAAUACAAAAUGUAAUAUUCGCUUCCACUAUGAAUCCAACUGCUGGAAGUUUUACAAUUGACUCUCGAUUACAGAGACACUUUUAUGUAUUCGCUUUAGGGUAAGAUUUUAAGAUAUUAUUUUCAUUAAUUUACUUAUUGACUAAGUAGUUAUACAUUUUUUUUUUCCUUAAAGAUUUCCAUCCCAAGAAGCAUUAUUUACAAUUUAUUCUUCGAUUCUUAGUCAACAUUUAAGAAAUCCAAUAAAUAAAUUCAACAACUCUGUAAUAAAAUUAACUGAUCUUAUUGUACAACUAGCUAUCAACUUUCAUAAUAAGAUUCUUACAAUAUUUUUGCCUACGGCCAUUAAGUUUCAUUAUACAUUCAAUCUUAGAGAUAUGAGUAACGUAUUUCAGGUAAAAUUUUAAACCGAACAAUAAUUUAAUGAUAAAAAAAAAUAAUAAAAUUUGUAUACAUACUAAUUGAAAUUAUAAACUUUAAAAUCAUUAUUACGACAAUAAGGGACUAAUGUUUGCCACUGGUGAAUGUAUUACAUCAACUAGUUCUUUUAUACGACUUUGGCUCCAUGAAACCAGUCGAAUUUAUGGUGAUAAAUUAACCGAAAAGAAAGAUCAAGAAACAUUUACAAAAACAAUUACCGAGCAAAUAAAAAAAACUUUUAGUGUGAGUAUUCAAAAUUAUUUAUGUACUAAAUAGCUAACUUUUGUAUUGUAACAAUGAAACAAAUAUUUUAUAAUUUUUUAAGCAGAACUUGGUGAUUGAGGUAAGUUUAUAAAUUGUAUAUAGCAUUAAACAUUCAGUAUUCAAAUAUUUAACUGAUAUUUAAUAUUUAAUGUUCACUGUCUAUAUAUGUUAAUAAUUAAUAUUAAAUAUAAAUGUACAAAAAAACUCCAUCUAUUAUUGUUUCAAACAUAGGACGUUCCGGAUAACGAAUACUUGAUAAGCCCAUUGAUAUUUUCACAUUUCGCGGAAGGUAUUGGUGACCAGAGGUAUAUGCCCGUUCAGUCGUGGACCACACUUCAAAAAUUACUCAACGACGCAAUGACUUCGUAUAAUGAACUUGUGGGUGCCAUGAACCUGGUGUUAUUUGAAGACGCUAUGGCACACGUAUGUCGGAUUAACCGGAUACUCGAACUUCCCAGAGGCAAUGCUCUACUCGUAGGAGUUGGAGGAAGUGGAAAGCAGUCGUUGGCCCGACUUUCAGCGUUCAUAUCGUCUCUGGAACCGUUUCAGAUACAGCUCAAGUCCACGUACAGUGUUGCCGAUUUGAGAACUGACCUGGCCGCUCUAUAUGUAAAAGCCGGUCUGAAAAACGUGGGUGUCAUGUUCCUAAUGACCGACUCUCAGGUGCCCGAUGAGAGAUUUCUAGUACUUAUAAACGACAUACUGGCCAGUGGCCAAAUACCUGAAAUGUUUGCUGAAGAUGAAGUCGACUACAUUAUACAGACUAUCGGCUUGGAGGUUUGUAACUCAUGUAUUACUAAGCUGGCCCAAAAAAUUCGUCUCAACCCUUCAUAUGUGAUGUGUGAUUUCAGGUGAAAGCUGCUGGUUUACUAGAAACUCGGGAGAACUGUUGGCAAUAUUUCAUCAACAAAGUCAGAUCGUUGAUUAAGAUUGUCUUAUGUUUUUCACCGGUCGGCAGCACUAUACGAGUUCGAGCCAGACGGUUUCCAGCCUUGAUUAGUUGUACCUCAAUUAACUGGUUUUAUGAAUGGCCUAAAGAAGCUUUGGAAUCUGUAUCGUUCAGAUUUCUGAGCAAUUUGACUGAACUUCCUGAUAAACUUAAGAAACCGGUGUCUUUAUUUAUGGCUCAUGUACACGGUUCGGUGAACGAUAUGUCUCUAAAAUAUUUGGCAAACGAUCGGCGAUAUAAUUAUACAACACCAAAAUCGUUUUUGGAACAAAUUAAUCUUUACGUAAAACUUUUAGUGUCUAAAACAAAUGAUAUAAAAUGUGGAAUAAGCCGUUUUCAAAAUGGUAUAAAACAACUGAUAUCCUGUGCAGCUCAAGUAAGUAAAAUUAAAUUAAAUAGUCACUAUUGAUUCAAUGAUACAAUAUAUAUUGUUUUUCAAUUAAGUAUUUUAUAAUUAGGUUGAUGUAUUGAAAGUCGAGUUAGAUUUGCAAAAGAUUGAAUUGGCCAAGAAAAAUGUCAAAGCUGAAGACUUAAUCAAAGUCGUCCAAAAAGAAACUGAGAAAGUAAAGUUUGAAAAAGACAAAGGUACUUGCAAUGUUAUGAAACUAUAUUUUAGUGUUAUUAUUAUUUCAUUAGUAUUAUUUUCUACAGCUGCUGAAGAGGAAGAUAAAGUAAAGUUGAUUGAAGAAGACGUUGCUUUAAAACAACGAUUGUGUGCAGAAGAUUUAGAGAAAGCUGAACCAGCCUUAGUGGCGGCACAAGCUGCCUUGGAUACCUUAAAUAAAGUAAAUCUACUUAGCCAUAAUGGUAUGAAUUUAUGGUAACGAAAAUUAUAAACUAAAUGUACCUACUUAUAUGAAAUAAGUGUAUAAGUAAUUCUAAAUGUAUUUAUAUUUAAUAAGAUUUCGUAUAAAAAAUUCGUGUUUAAAUUUGUUAGAUUAAUUUUUAACUAAAUAUGGAAACAUCAUUUUUUAAAAGGUCAUUCAUUUCAAAUGUAUUAAAAUUUGGUUAAAAUAUAUUUAUUAAUACGUUUUAGAACAAUUUAACAGAAUUAAAAUCAUUCGGAUCCCCUCCAUUGGCCGUGAUAAAUGUAACAGGUGCAGUUAUGGUUUUACAAGCAAAAAAAGGAAAGAUUCCAAAAGAUAGGAGUUGGAAAGCUUGCAAGGUAGAUAUAGUUUAUAAUAAUCUAAUUUUAUGUGUUUUAUUUAUUGCAGUAAUUGAUCAAAUAAAAAUUUUAAUUAAUAUACUUAUUACUUAUACUUACAUAAUAAUAUAAAUAAAUAAAACUUAGUGUCUAUUUUUUUCAAAGUAAAAAUAAUUUUAACUAAUAGAAAAAUAUACCUUUAGGAAAAUGAAUGUUACUAAAUAUGACAGUUUUCAAAAGUAAGGCAACCAAAUAAACACUGCAAAGAACAUAAUAAUAAAAAUUUGAUUUAGUUGCCUAUAUAAUAAAAUCAGAUGAAUUAAAUGAAUAAGUCAAUUUAAAAUUAUUAAUUACCUAAUUAUUCAUAUUUUGAUACGCCAAAGACAUAAAUAAUAGAAAUGUAACUUUCCAUAUUGAAUUAUAUUUUCUUCGAUCCAAUUUGUUUUUUUUAUUAUCAAAUACAGUAAUUAAAACUAUUAAUUAUUAUUCUAUAUAAGUUCAUUGACAGUAAAUAUGAACAAAUAUAAUUAUUCAUAUAAUUAUUAAAAUAUAAAGUAAAUAAAUAUGUGAAUAAAAAAUGUAUACAUAAAAAGACGUCCUAGGAUAAUGGUAAACGGGUGCAGCCAAUAUUAUAGGUAAUUUAAUGUGUAUCUGUAAACAACGAUAAACCAUUGCCAACGAAAAAACGAUUCUGAGAGGAUUUCAGUUGACCAGGGAUGCUUUGUUAACAAUAUAUAUGUCAUAUUAUAGUAAAAUAACUAAACAAGCAUUAUAUAUUUUCUUUAAUAAUAUUUGUUUAAUAUUGUAUCGAUUUUUCCGUUUUUUGUGCGUUUUUCCUGGUUUUCUCGUGUUUUUCCCGGAUUAUCAUAUUUUCUAAGAAAAUUCUUAAAAAAAUCCAAAAAUUGACCUCCUUAAAGUAACUUUCCAAUCAGAUUUACUUUCAGAAAAAGUGCUAUUAUUGUAAAUCGAACCAAAAUUGCUGGUAGAAAAUUUGUACACAGGAAAAAAAAGGGCUAUAAUAUUUUUUUAACUAAUAGCUACAUUUCGUACAUUUUCUGUUUUUCCGACAUUUUAUCCCAGUUUUUCCCUGUUAUUAUAAAAACCAAUUGAAAAAUCACAAAAAUGAUCUCCCUUAACCAUGGAGAUAAAAUUCCCUUUCAGAAAAUAAGCUACACUUGACACAUGAGAGUAAGAUGUCUGGUAGAAAAGUUUGCGGAACAAAUCGAGGGGGAUUCUUCGAUUAAAAUAUCCGGUGACAAUCCGGAAAAAAACAUGGGAAAACCGAGAAAAACGCAGAAAAAAUGGGAAAAUACAAUAUUAAACAAAUAUUAUUAAAGAAAAUAUUUAAUGUUUAUUUAAUAAUUUUACCAUAAUAUGACAUAUAUAUUGAUGACAAAGCAUCACUAUCAAUUGAACUCUGCUCAGAAACGUUUUUUCGUUAGCAAUGGUUUAUCUUUGUUUACAGAUAUACAAUAAAUUACUUAUAAUAGUAGCUGUACCUGUCUCUAUUAUCUUAAGACGUCUUUUUAUAUAUACAUCUUUUAUUCAUAUAUUUAUUUACUAAUAUUAACCAUUUUCAAAAUUUUGUUUUUACUUUAUUAUUUUAUUAAUUAAAAUAUUAUUGAUUUUUAUUUUUAGGUGAUGAUGGCCAAAGUUGACGGAUUUUUAGAUUCACUUAUACACUAUGACAAAGAACAUGUACACCCAGAUGUAGUUAAAGCCAUUCAACCAUAUUUAAAAGAUCCAGAAUUUGACCCAGAUCUCAUUGCUGGAAAAUCGUCAGCUGCUGCUGGUUAAUAAAAGCAUUUAAAUAAAUAACAAAUAACACCGUUACGGAAAUUCUGUAAAUUACAUUAUUUAUGUGUUCGUCAGUUCAGAUAUCAUUUGAUCUCUCUGUAGUUAAUGUAUAAUAUUAGUUACUAGUUUAUUGAUAAUCAAACUAGAAUAAAUCCAAAAACCCACUAGAUUAAAAAUGUAAUAUAUCCAUAAUAUCAUUUUUUUUUAUAGGAGCAAUAUUUUUGGUACAGAAAAUAUAAAGCGUAGAAAUUUAAAAUGGUGAAAUCAGAACUCUGUAUAUUUGUCAGUUUUCAUUUUUUGUCUUUUUUUGAUUAAUUUAAAUUAUUAUGAAAACUACUAAGAGAAUCAAAAAGUGUCUUUCUUUGUGUACAACUAAAUAAGAAAUUUAACAAAAAUGUGUCUUGUUAUUUUUUGAUUGACACAAAAUUUCUAGGUGGCUACAUAAUUUCUAAAAAUGUAAAUUCAUGAAAUCGUUAAUAUUUAUUAGUUUAUUGCUACGUUUUACCUCGUUUUUUCCAAUUAUUAUGAAAAUAAAAAAAAUUUACCAUUUUAAAUGCCCUAUGUACUUAGGUACACAAAAUUUCCUUCCAAAUAAGAAGCUACAUUUGAAAAUCAGAGCAUGAUUUCUGACGGAAAUUUUGUACACAGUAUAUAUAUAUAUAUAUAAAAUAAAUAAACAUUGUAAAACCAAUACAUUCCUCACUUCAUUCAGAAUUUAAAACUAGAACUCUCAUUUUAAGAAUAAUAAUACAGGAUUUAUGUUUAAAAUGUUAAUAGACUUUUAUACAUGAAUUGGUAAUAUAUAUUCGGAUCUUAAAAUAAUAUUCUGUAAUUUAUUAACAUGAUUCAAUUUAUGAUUAUCAGUUAUUUAAUAAAACUAUAUAAAAACAUUUUAAAUUUUAUAAUUAAUUCAUUAAAUAAUUUAUUUGGUACUUUAAAAAGCAAACGCAUUUAAUAAUACAGAACUUUACCUAUUCUAUAAUAGACACUGAUAAAAUGAAAUUUAUUUCAAUCAUUUUAAUUAUUAAACUAAUAUUAUAUUUAAGGGUUAUGUGCAUGGGUUAUAAAUAUAAUGAAGUUUAAUAACGUCUGGCAAAUUGUGGAACCCAAGAGAAAAGCUCGAGAUCAAGCAAACGAAGAGUUGAGUGCAGCUAGAGUCAAACUUAUGGAAAUUAGAAAUAUGAUAAAUGUAAAUUAAAAAUAAAUUAUAAAUGUCAUUUAAUUUGAAAAAUAUUUUAAUAAAAUAAAAUUUUAGGAAUUGGAAAGAAAACAAAAAGUAUUAACAGACGAGUUUGAUGGUGCUGUAGCUGAAAAAACUAUGUGUCAAAAUCAAGCUGAUGAAACAGCUUUAAGAAUAGAUUUGGCAAACCGACUUGUCAAUGGUUUAGCUUCGGAAAAUGUUCGAUGGAAAGAAAGUGUUUCUACGUAAAUAUUUUGAAUUAGAUAUAACGUAUUUCAAAAUAUUUGAAAACAGUAUAUUUCGUAUUUCAGAUUGCAAAUAAGUUUACAGACUUUACCUGGGGAUAUUCUUAUGGUUUCAGCUUUUGUGUCAUACGUUGGUUACUUUACGAAAAUUUACCGACAAAAACUAAUUCAAAGUUCAUGGCUACCAUUUUUCAAAAAUGUCAAGGUAAAUUAAUUAUCGAUGAAAAAACUAAAUUAAACAAUUAUUAUAUAGGUACAAUUUGAGAUAUUAAUUUUCAGCCAGGAAUACCAGUAACAGAUAAUUUAGAUCCACUCAGUUUACUCACUGAUGAUGCACAAAUCGCUGCAUGGAAUAAUGAAGGUUUACCAAAUGAUCGGAUGUCAUCUGAAAAUGCAACUAUUUUAACUAAAUCGGAUCGAUGGCCAUUAAUGGUCGAUCCUCAGGUACGCGCUGUAUUAAUAUUUAAAUAAAAUUAAAAUAAACAGAGUUAAUUCAAAUUGUCUAUCUUAAAUAGCUCCAAGGAAUCAAAUGGAUUAAAAACAAAUACGGAAAAAGUUUAAAAGUAAUCAGACUUAACUACAAAAAUUGUGUAUUAGAUAUUGAAAACUGCGUUCAAAAUGGGAAUGUACUUCUGAUCGAGAAUAUUGGUGAAAACAUCGAUUCUGUUUUGGAUAAUAUUAUUGGUCGCAAUUUUAUCAAAAAAGGAAGGUAAAAAAAAAAAAAAAUCACUUAUGAUUUUAAUUUGUACGUAAUUAUUUAAUUAUAUUGUAUAGAGUUGUGAAAAUUGGGGAAAAAGAAAUUGAUUACAAUCCAAAUUUUCGUCUGAUAUUGCACACAAAAUUGUCAAAUCCACAUUACAAACCAGAAAUGCAAGCUCAAACUACUUUAAUAAAUUUCACAGUGAAUCGUGAUCAACUUGAAGAUCAAUUAUUAGCAGAAGUAGUAAAAGUUGAAAGGCCUGAUUUAGAAACAAUGAGAAUUGAAUUAACCAAACAACAGAAUAGUUUUAAAAUAACAUUGAAACGGCUCGAAGAUGGAUUGUUACAGAGAUUAUCUUCAGCAGAUGGCGAGAUUCUUGGUGAUAAAGAGCUUGUAUUGAAUCUUGAAAAGUCAAAAAAGACAGCUACAGAAAUUGAAGUUAAAGUCGCUGAAGCAAAGAUAACAUCUGAAGAAAUUGACAAUGCACGAGAAGAAUAUCGUAAUGCUGCAUCAAGAGCAUCAAUAAUUUAUUUUAUAAUGAAUGAUUUAAUAAAAAUAAAUCCAAUGUAUCAGUUUUCUCUAGAGGUGAGUAUUAUUAACAUUAAUAUAAAUUUAUCUGUUAAAUUGACAAUGAAAAUAUGUAUUGAAUAAUAUAAUACAUGUAAGUUUUUUUUUCAAAUAAAUAGUUUUAAAUAAAACACUUAUGUAUAAAUAUAUAUAUAUUAUUAAUUUUGUUGUAUUUUAUAUCUAUGCGUGUUUUUCAGACCUUUUGUGUUGUUUUUCAACGAGCUAUGAGAAACUCAGAAAAAGCAGAUACGUUAAAUGAACGAAUAGUCAAUUUGAUUGAAAAUAUAACAUAUCAAACAUUUAUUUAUACAAGUAGAGGUUUAUUUGAAAAAGAUAAACUAAUAUUUAUCUGUCAAUUGACCAUUCAGGUAUAUUUCAAUAUUCCAAAAAUAAUGUUUACAAAAAGUGUUUUCAUACUUUUAAAAAUGUACGUUAUUUAAUGAUUAUUUGAUAACUUUUCAGUAAUUUUUAGUUUCUGAACGGAGCAAAAUAUAUAUUGGUUUUACUAAGAUGUAUUUUUUUAAGAUUUUUAUUUAACUUCGAAUCUUGACUUUUUGUCCGCACGAUUUUUCAACAAUAGCUAAACAUACAGGGAUAAACUUGAUAUAUUCUGAAUCAGAAUGAGUUCUAGUUGUGCAUGACGAAGAGUUUUUUUUUCUAAAAUUUGAUUGUUUUGACUUUCAUAAGACAACUGCGGUUGUCUCCAUAGCGCGAUACGCGGGAUUCGUAUUAAAAACCUUUUUUAUUUUUUUUAAAACUACAAUUUUUUUUUUUUUUUUUGUAGCUGUAAACAACUUCCAGAAAACUUGCUCCAAUCGAUAAAUACCAAGAGUCCUUUUUUGUUUAAUUUUGGAUAAAAUUUAUUUAUAGCAUUGUAGCAUUGCAUGUAGCAUUUUUCUGAAAGAAAUGUUGUCUAGUUUUCGAGUAAGAAGGCCAUUUUUGAUAUCCCGUAUAAUUUUAUUAAUAAUCGGGCAAAACCGAAGAAAAAAUUAGGACAUUUACAGAAAUAAUGGUUUAUUUAUUUUUACCUUUUUUUUUUUUUGUUACUUCGUUAAGAAUGUUGAUGAUUCCUAAAUUUAGUCUUUUCAGGACGUAGUUAAAUUUUCAAAAAAUUCUGACAGUUGCUAUUUAUAGUCAUUUCACAUUUUAGAGAUUUUUAUUUUUUAUUUGGUAAAUGGACACUAUGUGGGUAAAAUUGUUUGAUCAAACAGAAAUACUUAUCAUUAAACAUUUAUCAUGAAGUUAGUAGGUUAAUUAUAAAUUGUACUGAGUGGUCAUUAAAAAAAAAGUUGAUUAUAAUGUGGUCUUUUUUUGUACUAGAUUUAAUUUAAAACUUUGACGAAAAUUGUAAAAUUUACGGUAUAUCAAAACAUGUGUAAUCGAACUUUGCUCAGUAUCGUAUUUCAUUAGUAAUGAUUUAUUAUUUCUUACAAAUAUAAAUUAAAUAUUAUCUUUUAGUAGCAUAAUUUUUUAUUUUUGUUAUAUUUUAGAUACAAUUGCAAUCACAAAAAAUAAAACCAACAGAACUAGAUUAUUUAUUGAGGAGACCGACAAUCGCGGGAAUAUCUAGUCCAUUUGAUUUUUUAUCAUCGGAUGUUUGGGGAGCUAUUAAGUCACUUGUUUUAGCCGAUGAUGAAUUUACGUAAAUAUAACUCUUUUAGAAAAUAGAAUGAUUAUUUUAAAUUUAAUAUUGUUAUAUCUUGUAAAUGCUAUUUAAGAGGUCUAGAUAAGGAUAUUGAGACUUCUGGUAAACGAUGGCAACUUUAUAUUGACGGCGAAGCUCCAGAAAAAGAUAAACUGCCGCAAGAAUGGAAAAAUAAAACUCCAUUCCAGAAACUUUGCAUAAUUAGAGCUUUAAGGAAUGAUCGAAUGACUUACGCUACUAAAGUAUAUGUCGAGGAGACUCUUGGAAUAAAUUAUACUAAAUUUAGGCCUCCAGAGUUUUCUGAAUCGUUUAAAGAAACAUCGUCGAAAACUCCCGUAUUUUUUAUAUUGUCGACUGGAGUUGAUCCAACACGUGUAAAUAAUACAUUUUUAUAUAAUAAGAAUCGAUUUGUUUUUUUUCAUUUAUAUGUGAUAUAAUAGUAGAUAUUUACUGUAUAAAACGUUAAUUUUAACUUACUUAUAUGUUCAGUAUUAUUUUCUAGGAUGUUGAAGCUCUUGGGGUGAAGAAGGGAUUUACAAUUGAAAAAAAAAAUUUCUACAAUAUAUCAUUGGGGCAAGGACAAGAAAAAUUGGCAGAGGAUGCCAUAGAAUUAAGUUCUCGGAUUGGAAAUUGGGUCAUGUUGCAAGUAAUGAUUAAAUAGCAUAAUAUCAUUAUUGUUAAACUCAUCAGUACCUAAAUUUUUUUACUAUUUAUAAAAACAAUUUUUUUUUUAAAAUCCAAUAAUAGUAAUGAUUUUUAAAUCGUAUUGUACUAAUGUAUGCACGUAUAUGUAUACUUUUUAUAACAAGUAUUCCACAUUAAAUUUAAAUUUAAAUUUUACUUGUAAUAUUUAUGUUUAAAAGAAUGUGCAUUUAGUACAAAAUUGGUUGCCAAUCUUGGACAAAAAAAUGGAAGCAUCUUUUGAAAAUCCACAUGAAAAUUACAGACUAUUUAUUAGUGCUGAACCGGCUUCAGAUCCUCAUUAUCAUAUUAUACCUCAAGUAUUUUCAACAUACUUGUAAAAUAUUUUUUAUCUUUUUAAGUAAACUUAAUAUAAUUUUAGGGCGUUUUGGAUUCUUCAAUAAAAAUUACAAACGAACCACCAACAGGAAUGAUGGCUAAUUUACAUAAAGCUUUAGAUAAUUUCAAUCAAGACACAUUUGAAAUAUGCUCAAAAGAAGCAGAAUUUAAAGCAAUUUUGUUUAGUUUAUGUUAUUUCCACGCUUCAGUACAGGAAAGGUCAAAAUUUGGUGCUCAAGGAUGGAAUAGAUCGUAUCCAUUUAAUGUAGGUGAUCUAACGAUUUCCGUGAAUGUUCUAUACAAUUACCUGGAAGUAAACAAUAAAAUUCCUUGGGAGGAUCUCAGAUAUCUUUUGGGUGAGAUCAUGUACGGUGGGCAUAUCACCGAUGAUUGGGAUAGGAGGUUAUGUCGAACAUAUCUUGAAGUUUAUAUGAAUCCAGAUUUGGUAUUAUUUAAAAUGUGUACAAAUGAAAAUUAGUUGAUUUGACUUAUUUUAAAUUAUAGAUGGAAGGUGAGCUUUUAUUCACACCCGGUUUUGUAGUCCCUCCGAGUACAGACUACAAAUCGUAUCAUAAAUACAUCGAUGAUUUAUUACCCCCCGAAAGCCCCAUACUGUAUGGACUUCACCCAAAUGCUGAAAUUGGUACCCUGACUACAAGGUCUGAAAAUUUAUUCCAAACACUAAUGGAAAUGCAGCCUAGAGACACAAGCUCGUUUGGAGUAACAGGAAUAUCUCGAGAAGAUAAAGUAAAUUAAUUAAUAAACAAUAUCUAUUAAACUUGCACUCUGGAUUUUAUGUAAUUUAUAAUCAGGUUAGACAAACUUUGGACGACAUUCUCGACAAAGUACCAGAACCAUUUAACACACUAGAUAUGAUAUCUAGGGUUGAAGAACGAACACCGUAUGUAAUCGUUUCAUUUCAAGAGUGUGAGCGUAUGAAUGUUUUAAUGAACGAAAUUAGACGUUCAUUAAAAGAGUUACAAUUGGGGCUAAAGGUAAUGGUUACGAGAUAAUUUUAUAAAAAAUACAAAAUACAAUUCGUUCACAUUUAAUAAUCUGUAUAAAUUUGAAAUAUUUCCUAUUUAAGAAGUUUACAUUUUUUUUAUAGAUAUAAAAUAUAAGUACUUAGGUGGUUUGUUGAAUAAAUUUGUUAUGAAUUAAUUAUUAUAAUUAUAUAUUUAAAUUUAGGGUGAACUGACAAUAACGGCAGAUAUGGAGACUUUAGAAGAUUGUUUGUUUAUGGACCGAGUACCGUCAAAUUGGGAAAAACGAGCUUACCCGUCAUUAUUAUCUUUAGCAGCUUGGUAUGCGGAUUUACUAAAGAGAUUGCGUGAACUAGAGUCUUGGGUUAGCGAAUUUCAGGUAAUUAAAUCAUAACCUAAUAUAGUAAAAAUUCGAUUUACCGUCACUCUCUGUUAUCCAUCAUCGGUCACCGUCGAAAAAAAAAAUAGUUAAUGAUGCGAUCGUAAUAAACUCGUCACGGCGACUAGGCAACUAUCAGCAUAUACAAAUAGUAUACGUAUAGUAUAGCCUGUGUGUGUGGAUUAGUGUUUUUGUGCAUAUAAAAAUUUUAAUUUAAAUGCACUGCCUGUGAACUAUUAUGCACACAAAAAUGCUUAGAUGGAUCAAACAAUAUUUAUAGAUUGGUUUCAUAAAGUGUUUGUACCACAAGUAAAAGUUCAUCUCGUCAAAAAACAGUUGUCAUAGAAAGCACUGCUGCUUAUAGAUAACCCCUCUAGAGAACUGAAAAGUAACGAUUGCAAUAUAACAUGUCUUUUUCUCCUAGCAAAUACCACCUCACUACUCUUCUCCAACCUAUGGACCAGGGAAUAAUUGAGAAUAUGAAGGUAUAGAAAAAGUUUAAUAGAAAGUGGGCUGUCAUCUGAAGAUGCUAUAGGUAUUAAAGAAUUUUGGAAAAAUUACAACAUAAAAAAUAUUAUUUUCAAUGUUGCCAGUGCACGGGCUGAUCUGACUUACCGAAUCUGAAAAAUGGGUAGAAUAAACUAUGGCCUGAGAUAAUACAGUACGAAUCUGAAGAAACUAAGACUUUGAGUGUAUAUUAGUGUAGAAGAAAUUGUACAACUUUGUAAUGAACUGUACAGUGAAAUAUUAUCAACGAGGAAGUAACAAAUUUGUUAAAAAGUGAAAACAGGAUAGAGGAUUUAAAAUUUAAAAUUAUUAUUCAUAAUGUCACUGCCGUCGAAGAAGAGGUUGAUGAUAACAUUGAAAAUUCAGUACUUGACUUAAAACUGUCAACUAGUCACAUAGAAGCAGAAGCAGUGUUAUUAAAAUGCAUUGAUUGGUUUGAAGUGCAAGUGGAGGCAAAUGUAACGCAGGUCUUAAUUUUUCGUAAAAUAGGAAACAUAGCCGCUCAAAAAGCUCGUGCCUCAAAAAAAUAGUAGGAGAUAACGGAUUAUUUUGUUUAGUACUUUUGAGUAUGGUAUUACGUAUUUUUGUUACCUCACAUAUUAAAUAUUAUUAGUAUUUAUUAUUUGUUGCAAAUUAUUUUCGUUUGCAAAUCACACUGUAAAAUAUAUACGUUUAUUAAAAAAAUUUUAUUAACCGUAAUUUUUAUUCGAUUAACCGUCAUUGUCCCGGUCCCGACAAAAACGGUUUAACGAGUUUCUACUAACUUCAAAACAAAAUGUUAUAGACAUAAAAAAAAUAUGUAAUCAAUUUUUUUUUUAGCUUCCAUCAUCAGUCUGGUUAGGUGGAUUUUUCAACCCACAAUCGUUUUUAACGGCUAUAAUGCAAAGCACUGCUCGAAAAAUGGAAUGGCCGCUGGAUAAAAUGUGUCUGCAAUGUGAUGUGACAAAAAAAUACAAAGAAGAUAUCACGUAGGUGGAUAAGUAAUAUUUUUAUUGAAUUGUCUAGGUAUUUAAACUGAAAAUGAUGUUAUUUAAAACAAUCGACUAAGUUUGAACUCUGGCUUGUGUCUAUGUAGGAUUGUACCCAGAGAAGGCGCUAUGAUUAACGGAUUGAUAUUGGAAGGCGCUCGUUGGGAUCUAAACAUGGGGUGUAUUGUCGACUCGAUCUUGAAAGAAUUGUUUCCAAUGAUGCCGGUAGUACACGUAAAAGCUAUUAUCAAGGAAAAACAAGAUAUGCGAAACAUGUACGAAUGCCCAGUCUAUAAAAUAAAACGAAGAGGCCCAACUUAUGUAUGGACAUUUAAUUUAAAAACACGGCAAAUGCCAUCUAAAUGGACUUUAGCUGGUGUAGCAAUACUACUCAGUGUAUAGGUAAAACAUUUAUAUUGUUAAGUACAGUACAUAAUCUUUAGAAAUGUAUUAUAAAUAUUAUAUGAUUUUAAUAUAUAGAUUAAAUCUGAC